GCCUGAUGCUCUCCGAGUGUGGUCGCGCGCGUGGCAACUCUAGGGCGCGAAUCGUGCACGUUGAGCCUCCUUGAGGCGCUCAGACGAAAAUCAAUUGAGAAAUCCCAGUCCUUUCCAUCGCUGCCGGCUCAAAAACUGCAGCCAUGCCACUUUCACUGCUCCUCGCGCUCGCGACCGCGCACGCGAUCACGCAGCCGCCCGACGUCCUCAUCACGGGCGCGACGGGCCGCCUCGGAUCGCUGCUCUACCAGCAAGCGAAAGCCGACACGCGCAUCGGUAGCGUAAGAGCGUUCGUCUAUAAUGUGACGAAAGCUAGGGCCGCGCUCGGCUGCCAGAAGUGCGACCCGUCGGAAGGCAUCUACGUGGGCGACGUGCGCAACCCCUUGGCCCUGAACGCCGCGGCGAACGGCGUCGACGCCGUGCUCGUCGCCGUCGGAGCGUCGCCGAGUGAUACGCCGGCCGUCGCCAAGGCCAUCGAGGUCGACGGCGUCGAGAACACCGCGCGCGCGAUCUACGCCUCGAAGGGUGCGGCCGGUCAAGUAGUCCUAUGCAGCUCCAUGGGCACGACGCUCCCGUCGCCGGACCCGCGCCAGGGCGGCUCGAUCCUAUUCUACAAGUUAAAUGCGGAGGCGAGUCUUCUCGCGGCGGACGUGAACUCGGUGGUGGUCAAGCCCUGCGGCCUGAGCCUGAGCCCGGCGGGCCAGAGCGAUUUACUAGUAGGGCAGGACGACAGCCUCCUCAACCUCACGGUGCCCGUCGUCGCGCGGGCGGACGUGGCCCGAGUCAUGAUCGAGGCGACCGUGCGCCGCGAAGCGCAAUUACGCUUCGACCUCUGCGCGCGCCGCGGCGCGCCGACGACGGACCUCGGCGCGCUGCUCGACGCGGCGCGCUACCCGUCGGCGCGCCGAUGA